CUGGAGCAAGACUUUCACUUCCGGCGGCAUUCUGCGGAGUCUCUCCUAGCGGCCUGGUGGUGUAGUUAAUUUUAGUCUCUCGUCGCUUUUUUUUGUUGUUUGUUUUUCUCUUUCUUCCCUUUUCUAAGUCUCAUAAUCGGCUGGGUCCUGGAAAAGCAGCGGGUGGGCUCUGCUUCUCAGUCGCCCUGGGGGACCCCUCCCGAGACGAGGGCCGGUUCCCGGGAGCCGCGCGCGCCCCUCGUCGUCGUCGUCUCCCCGGGGCCGGGCGCGGGGACGCUGGGACGCCUUUCCUCGGAGCGGGGACAGUGGUGACACCUUCCAACUGUGCUCGCGAAGGGGUCUCCGGGAGGAGUAGUACAAAAUGUCAAAAAUUAGAAGGAAGGUCACAGUGGAAAAUACCAAGACCAUAUCUGAUAGCACAUCCCGAAGACCCAGUGUAUUUGAGAGGCUUGGACCCAGCACUGGCAGUACUGCAGAGACACAGUGCCGUAACUGGCUGAAGACUGGCAACUGCCUCUAUGGAAACACAUGUAGAUUCGUACAUGGCCCUUCACCCCGAGGUAAAGGUUAUAGCAGCAGUUAUAGAAGGUCACCAGAAAGACCUACUGGGGACCUUAGAGAACGAAUGAAGAACAAACGUCAAGAUGUGGACACUGAGUCCCAGAAACGAAAUGCAGAGGAGUCAUCCUCCCCUGUUAGGAAAGAAUCUUCGAGAGGGAGACAUAGGGAAAAAGAAGACAUAAAAAUCACUAAGGAGAGAACUCCAGAAAGUGAAGAUGAAAAUGUAGAGUGGGAGACUAAUAGAGAUGAUUCUGACAAUGGAGACAUUAAUUAUGAUUAUGUUCAUGAGUUGUCAUUGGAAAUGAAGCGUCAGAAAAUACAGAGGGAGUUAAUGAAGUUGGAGCAAGAAAACUUGGAGAAACGAGAAGAAAUUAUUAUUAAAAAGGAGGUUUCACCUGAAAUGGUCAGGUCAAAAUUAUCCCCAUCACCUUCUCUAAGGAAGUCUAGCAAAUCUCCAAAGAGAAAGCCAAGCCCCAAGUCGUCAACUUCAUCUAAUAAAAGGGAAAGAAAAACAACUGUAGUAUCUUCUCCAUUGCUGGACCAGCAAAGGAAUUCAAAAAGCAGCCAAAGUAAAAAGAAAGGACCUCGCACACCUAGCCCUCCUCCUCCUCUACAGGAAGAUAUUGCUCUGGGAAGAAAAUACAAAGAAAAGUACAAGGUAAAAGACAGGAUUGAAGAAAAACCAAGGGAUGGAAAGGACAGAGGACGGGAUUUUGAAAGACAAAGAGAAAAAAGAGACAAGCCAAGGUCUACUUCGCCAGCAGGACAGCAUCAUUCUCCUAUAUCUUCUAGACACCACUCAUCAUCCUCACAAUCAGGAUCCUCUAUUCAAAGACAUUCUCCUUCUCCUCGCCGCAAAAGAACUCCUUCACCAUCUUAUCAGAGGACAGUAACUCCACCUUUACGACGCUCUGCUUCUCCAUAUCCUUCACAUUCUCUGUCUUCUCCAAGAAAGCAAAGUCCCCCCAGACAUCGUUCUCCAAUGCGAGAGAAAGGAAGACAUGACCAUGAACGAACCUCACAGUCUCAUGAUCGGCGUCAUGAAAGGAGGGAAGAGACUAGGGGCAAAAGAGACAGAGAAAAGGACACAAGAGAAGAACGAGAGUAUGAGCAGGACCAGAGCUCUUCUAGAGACCACAGAGAUGACAGAGAACCUCGAGAUGGUCGGGAUCGGAGAGACACCAGAGAUACGAGGGACCGAAGGGAAUUAAGAGAAUCCAGAGACAUUCGGGAUUCCAGGGAAAUGAGAGACUAUAGCAGAGAUAACAAAGAGAGCCGUGAUCCCAGAGAUUCCCGGUCUACUCGUGAUGUCCAUGACUACAGGGAACGUGAAAAUCGAGAUACUCAUCGAAAGGAUGAUUCUUACCAGGAAGAUUCUCGAAGUUAUGGCAGAAACCAUCUGAGAGAAGAAAGCUCUCGUACUGAAAUAAGGAGUGAUUCCCGAAAUGAAUCUCGGAGUGAAAUGAGGAAUGACCGGAUCGGCCGAAGUAGAGGGAGAGGUCCAGAGUUACCUGAGAAAGGAAGCCGAAGUACAAGAAGUUCUCAAAUUGACAGCCACAAUAGUACUAGCAACUAUCACGACAGUUGGGAAACUCGAAGUAGCUAUUCUGAAAGAGACAGAUAUCCUGAAAGAGACAGCCGAGAUCAAGCAAGAGAUUCUUCCUUUGAGAGAAGACAUGGAGAGAGAGACCGUCGUGACAACAGAGAAAGAGCUGCUAUGUUCUACACCUCCUGCUGCCCCUAUCCUUUGCCACCAGUGUUCUCAGGUCCUGCUGGGGGGACAGAGAAGAUCAGAGAUCAAAGACCAAGCUCACCAGUUCGACAUCAGGGAAGGAAUGACGAGCUUGAGCGUGAUGAAAGAAGAGAGGAACGAAGAGUAGACAGAGUGGAUGAUAGAAGAGAUGAAAGGGCAAGAGAAAGAGAUCGGGAGCGGGAGCGAGAACGAGACCGAGAGCGGGAACGAGAGAGGGAGCGGGAGCGGGAGCGGGAAAGAGAGAAAGAAAGAGAACUAGAAAGAGAGCGUGCCAGGGAACGAGAGAGAGAAAGAGAGAAGGAAAGAGACCGUGAGCGAGAGAGAGAUCGUGACCAUGAUCGAGAGAGGGAAAGAGAGAGGGAGCGAGAAAGGGAAAAAGAACGGGAGCGUGAGAGAGAAGAGAGGGAAAGGGAGAGGGAGAGAGAGCGAGAUCGGGAACGGGAACGAGAACGGGAAAGAGAAAGAGCAAGAGAAAGGGAUAAAGAAAGAGAGCGUCAAAGGGACUGGGAAGACAAAGACAAAGGACGAGAUGACCGAAGAGAAAAGCGAGAAGAUACUCGAGACGACAGGAAUCCAAGAGAUGGACAUGACGAGCGAAAAUCAAAGAAGCGCUAUAGAAAUGAAGGGAGUCCUAGCCCUCGUCAGUCACCCAAGCGUCGGCGAGAGCAUUCUCCUGACAGUGACACCUACAACAGUGGAGAUGAUAAAAAUGAAAAGCAUAGACUCUUGAGCCAGGUUGUACGACCUCAAGAGUCUCGUUCCCUGAGUCCAUCACACCUUUCAGAAGACAGACAGAGUAGAUGGAAAGAAGAAGAUCGUAAACCAGAAAGAAAGGAGAGUUCAAGGCGCUAUGAAGAGCAUGAUCUCAAAGAGAAAGUCUCCUCUGUAGAAAAGCAGAGAGAACAGAUAGAAAUCACAGAAAGCUCAAGAGCUCGCACUCAAGACAUGAUAGGACACCGCCCGUCUGAAGAUCAAGAUACAUCUGAUGCAGCUCAUGAUGAAAAGAAAAAAGCAAAAAUUCAAAAGAAACCUAUUAAGAAAAAGAAAGAGGAAGAUGUUGGCAUAGAGAAGAGCAACAAUGAGCCAGCCUCUGAAGAUGCCCAAGUAUUUUCACCCAAAAAAGGACAGAAGAAGAAAAAUGUUGAAAAGAAACGUAAAAGGUCAAAAGGUGAUUCUGAUAUUUCUGAUGAAGAAGCAGUUCAGCAGAGUAAGAAGAAAAGAGGGCCACGAACUCCUCCUAUAACAGCCAAAGAGGAACUGGUUGAAAUAGCCAAUGGUAAGGAUAGCACUGUAGAGGACUCUCAGAAGAAAGAGGACACAGCAUUCAGUGACUGGUCUGAUGAGGACGUUCCUGACCGGACAGAGGUGACAGAACCAGAGCAUACUGCCACUCCUGGAAGGACUCCCUCCCCAUCGUCUCUUCCUCCACCUCCUCCUCCUGCCGCUACUAUAGCUGCUGCUUCCACUCUUGCCUCCACUGCUGCCACCACCUUCAGCACAUCUGGCAUCACCAUUUCUAGCUCUUCUACCUCCACCACUGCCCCCAGUGCUGCUUUUACUAGUGAAGACUCACACCGGAAAUGCCAUAGAACACGAGUGGAAAAAGUAGAGGCACUUCAUGUUACUAUAGAAGAUGCUCCACACCGCAAAACAGUGGAUCAGAAGAGGAGCAGCAGCCUUGGGAGCAAUCGGAGCAAUCGCAGUCAUACAUCUGGCCGUCUGCGCUCCCCAUCCAAUGACUCUGCCCAUCGAAGUGGAGAUGACCAGAGUGGUCGGAAGAGAGUACUCCAUAGUGGCUCAAGAGAUAGAGAAAAAACAAAAAGCCUGGAAAUCACAGGAGAAAGAAAAUCUAGGAUCGAUCAGUUAAAGCGUGGAGAGCCCAGUCGAAGUACCUCUUCAGAUCGCCAGGAUUCAAGAAGCCAUAGUUCAAGAAGAAGCUCCCCCGAGUCUGAUCGACAGGUCCAUUCAAGAUCUGGGUCAUUUGAUAGCAGAGAUAGACUUCAAGAACGUGAUCGCUACGAGCAUGACAGAGAGCGGGAAAGAGAAAGGAGAGACACAAGGCAGAGGGAAUGGGACCGGGAUCCUGAUAAGGAUUGGUCACGGAAUAGGGACCGAGAUAGAUUACGAGAACGAGAGCGAGACAAAAGGAGAGACGUUGACAGAGAAAGAGAGAGAUUAACUUCUGAUUCUGUAGGAAAGGACCGGGACAGAGACAGAACUUUUGAGAGUUCUUCUCAAAUUGAGUCUGUAAAACGCAGUGAAGCAAAACUAGAAAGUGAACAUGAAAGAGACCUGGAAAGCACUUGUAGGGACUCUGCAGUGUUAGAUAAAGAACGAGUGGAUAAAGAUGUAGGAUCUGCUUCGGGAUUUGAAGAUAUAAACAAAACCGAGAGAAUAGAGUGUGUGGAAGGAGAUGAAGAAUCUAAGCUAGAUGAUGCACGUUCACUGGGAUCUGGUGCUGGAGAAGGAUAUGAGCCAAUCAGUGAUGAUGAACUAGAUGAAAUUCUGGCAGGUGAUGCUGAAAAGAGAGAAGACCAGCAAGAGGAGGAUAAGAUGCCAGAUCCAUUAGAUGUCAUCGACGUAGACUGGUCUGGUCUUCUGCCAAAGCAUCCAAAAGAACCGCGAGAGCCCGGGGCUGCACUCUUAAAAUUCACACCUGGAGCUGUUAUGCUAAGAAUCGGAAUUUCUAAAAAGUUGGCAGGUUCUGAACUCUUUAGCAAAGUCAAAGAAACAUGUCAGAGACUUACAGAGAAAUCCAAAGAUGCAGACAAUCUUUUUGAACAUGAGCUGGGUGCACUCAACAUGGCUGCAUUACUACGGAAAGAAGAAAGAGCAAGCCUUCUUAGUAACCUUGGACCAUGUUGUAAAGCAUUAUGCUUCAGACGGGAUUCUGCAAUCCGAAAACAGCUUGUUAAAAAUGAGAAGGGCACUGUGAAACAAGCUUACACAAAUGCUCCAGUAGUAGAUAAUGAAUUAUUACGGUUGAGUCUUCGAUUAUUCAAACGAAAAACUAUUUGCCAUGCCCCAGGACAUGAAAGAGCCGAAGAUAAUAAACUCUCACAGUCAGGUAUACAGCAAGAAGUGUGUGUGUCUUAAGACUGAAAUUCUCUUCAGCAGUGCAAAUUCUUACUCAAAUUUUUUUUGUUUGAUAAGUAUUGUGAGUGGAGGCAAAAGAUUUAUCAGCCAAGAACAACUUUGAUCAAAUACCUAAAGGCACAGCUCACCUAACUUACAUAGAUUUUGCACAGUAUUUGAUAUUUGUGCAAAAUAAUGUGGAGUUUGCAGUCAGGAAUCUUCCAUCCUGUGCAUUAUUUUUCAUGAGAUGGGGGCACUGACUUGCAUUCUUGAUCACUCCCCUACAAGCUGAGAUUUCAUUCAGAAACAGCAUCUGCAGAACACUGGCCCUUGUGUUAGCUAUUUCUCGGAUUACUCCAUACAGCUGUCUUUUAUUUUAUUAUGGUGCAUAUUAAAUAUAUUUGGUUCCAAAGUGUGUUACUAGACUGUUGAAUAAAUGUAUCUUCCCUUUUUUUUCUAGAUUAACAUUUAUUAAUGGCAUAUUUCAUAUAUCAGUUUUUUCACUGAACAGUUGUAAAUAAUAAGUACGGGUAUUCUUGAAAGAACUAAAAGUUAACAAGCCAAUAUCCUAUUUUUCAGAACUGUUGGUUGUCAGGAAAGUAACCUUUCUGAAAUCCCAAUAUCUAGUCUCUGAUAACUUUAAUCUGCCUGACAUAUCUGAAACAAACUAUAUAGCACAGCUGAUUUACUUUGUGUGUAUAAAACUCAUGAAAUGGAGUCUGUCAUACCUGUCAGUAGUUUUGUAUCCUUUCCUGUUUAUUUCAUGAGACAGUCAUGGUGUAACUUGUACCAGAUGCUUCCCUUGAAAAGGAAAUGGUUUUGUUUCCAAAUGACUUUGAAGAAUAAAGACAAGGAUGCCUGUUU